AUGACCAUCACCGCCGAGAGCCGUCUUUUCCAACCCCUCAAGCUCACCCCCAAGAUCACCCUCGCCCACCGCGUCGCCAUGGCGCCGCUCACGCGCUACCGGGCGUCGGACGAGCACGUGCCGCUGGUGCCACUCGUGGCCAACUACUACGGGCAGCGCGCGUCGGUGCCGGGCACGCUGCUGGUGACGGAGGCGACCUUCGUGGCGCCCGCGGCGGGCGGCUACGCCAACGUGCCGGGCAUCUACAACGCAGCGCAGGUGGCGGCGUGGCGGCGCGUGACCGACGCCGUGCACGCGCGCGGCAGCUACAUCUUCCUGCAGCUGUGGUCGCUGGGCCGCACGGCGCACCCGGACGAGCUGGCCAAGGACGGCUUCCGGCUCAAGGCGCCCAGCGCGCUGCCCAUGGAGGAGGGCGCGCCCGUGCCGGAGCCGAUGACGGUCGAGGAGAUCCAGCAGCGCGUGCGCGACUACGCGGCCGCGGCGAAGAACGCCAUCGAGGCCGGCUUCGAUGGCGUCGAGAUCCACGGCGCCAACGGGUACCUGAUCGAUCAGUUCAUCCAGGACGUGUCCAACCAGCGGACGGAUGAGUACGGCGGCAGCGUGGAGAACCGGUCGCGGUUUGCCGUCGAGGUCGUCAAGGCGGUGGUGGAGGCCGUCGGCGCCGAGAGGACGGCCAUCCGGCUCAGCCCGUACGGCAGGUUCCAGGGGAUGUGCAUGAAGGACCCGGUGCCGCAGUUCGAGGAUGUGAUCCGGAAGAUCAACGGCUUCGGGCUGGCGUAUCUGCAUCUCGUGCAGACGCGCAUCCCGGGCAAUGGGGAGAACGACGAGAGCUUGGAUUUUGCGCUUAGGUCGUGGGACGGGCCGGUACUCAUCGCUGGCGGCCUCACCAGGGAGUCGGCUAUGUAUCUGGUGGACAAGGAGUUCAAGGACAAGGACGUGGUCGCGACGUUUGGGCGCUACUUCAUCUCGACGCCCGAUCUGCCGUUCAGGCUCAAGGAGGGUAUCGAGUUAAACCAGUACGACAGGGACACGUUCUACACGCCUAAGUCGCCGGUCGGGUACAUCGAUCAGCCGUUCAGCAAGGAGUUCGAGGCAUUGCACGGGGUGCAGGCCUUGAAUUAG